GACCAACAAAUGAAGAAGCCAGGAUAGCCUUCAGAGAGCAGGACGAACAUCUACGGGGUCUUCGAGAGGUGCUCCAAGGAGCUAGCUCAGACGAGAGCGACCACAGUGAUCUCUCUGAAGUUGGAGAAUUAAGCACCUGCAGCGACGAGAGCGGUCCCUAUGCUACUCUCAACAACCAUCGAUCUAUAUGUGCAUAUGAGACGGGCACGAGAAACUUGAGGGACACUACCAAGUCAUUUGCUUUCAACUCUGGUUGUCAUCGCCGUCAUUCGACCGAGAACCCAGCCUAUGGGUUGUCAAGGCUUUGGCCAGCAGGUCAUAAUGAUUCAGUUCCAGCGUGUAAUUCUUCCAACCUGGCGUCUUCAGAGUCUGAACCUUCCAUAUUUGCCCUUCCUCCUGGUUCACCCUUUGACUUAAAAUGCGUUAACACUAAAGUAUUAAACGUAACCAAGGCGACUGACAAGUGCUAUAAGUAUAAUAAUGAAAAUGUGAAGAAGGUUUCUGAAAAUGUAAGAGAGUGCGACUCCCAGAAUGGCAGAACUGAAGCCGAAAAAGACCACAAAUCUUGUGAAUUAAACCAAACAACUAGCAACUUAUCUACAGUUACAAACAUGCAAGAAAAAGCGCUUAGAGAAUCCAGAACUAAAGAGUGGGUUCAAAACGGGGCCAGGCCUAUGAAAUGUCACGAUGAACAGUUGGAAAGUCAGUUUUCCUCUAUUGUCACUGUGAAAAAGUUUAACACAUACCACAGAUCUAACGAAACGACAUAUUCACAAGAGUAUUCUAAGGCUCUAGAUCGACCCGUUUAUAACAGCAGUUCUAGAACUCUCUCUGUUAAACCAAGGUUGUACAAAAAGCACGCGACCAUGAGAAAAAAUCGUAUUAUUAGAAAUCAAGAAAAAUUAAGGACUGCAGAGAGCCAUAAGGAGGAAACAACCCUUCACGAUUUGGGAAGAGGAUUAAGGACUGCAGAGAGCCAUAAGGAGGAAACAACCCUUCACGAUUUGGGAAGAGGAUUAAGGACUGCAGAGAGCCAUAAGGACGAAACAACCCUUCACGAUUUGGGAAGAAGAUUAAGGACUGUAGAGAGCCAUAAGGAGGAAACAACUCUUCACGAUUUGGGAAGAGGAUUAAGGACUGCAGAGAGCCAUAAGGAGGAAACAACCCUUCACGAUCUGGGAAGAGGAUUAAGGACUGCAGAGAGCCAUAAGGAGGAAACAACUCUUCACGAUUUGGGAAGAGGACACGUUGAGGAUAAGAGUGACUUGUAUGACAAAGAUACGGUAUCGUCUUCCCUCACUUCGGUUGCCAACCAGGAAGGAUUUUUUGAAAAUACUGAAGUUUCUGUUGAAAAAGAAGACAAUAACGUAAAUGAUGACGUGAAUACACCACUAAAAGAAGAUCAAGCAACUGACAGCGAAUCUCGGAAUCUUGUGGAGUUCAAAGAUCAGAGAAUUACCGGAAGCAAUUUUACGGAAACAACUAAUUCGUCGUUAGAGCGUCGAAACGAAGCCACGGAUUCCUUAAGCCUAAAUACAUUACUUGAAGAAGCAACAAAAGAUAAUUCAGUGGCCGUGCCAAUGGUCGUCAUGCAGUAUACAAGGCUUCAUCUCCAUCUCGGUAAGGAUCCCCCUUUUCAACAGUCUUCUCUUCAGAUGGGGACUCUAGUCACCGCGUUCUAUAAGGAAUCGGAUUGGUUUUUCGUUCAGACCCCCCAUGGGGUAGAAGGUUUCAUUCACUCGGCUGACUGCAUGCCGUUAGGUGCUUUGCUAACGAGAGAAUCGGUGAAAUCUCAUCCUUGGGAUGUCGUCACCGUCAAAGACAAAAUACGUGGCUCUCACUUGGAAGUCAUGUUUACUGAAGAAAAGGCGAACUUACGGUGUGACAGAAACGAAACUUUAUCAUCGAAAGAAUGCACGUCACUGAAAAAUGGUCAGCAAGCUUUAGAAAUAGAACCUUCAACGGACAAACGUGAUAUGAAAUUGGCUGUGUCCACUACCAAGAUGCUUAAUCAUCCAAGGCGGAUGUCACACAAACCUGGAUCUCAAGUUAAUGGUAUGGAGAAAAUCGGGGAACAUUCGGCUGAAAGAGUCAUGUUCAAAGAUGCUUUCUGGAACACUGAGAACAAUGGCGCCAAGUCAGAAAAAGAGCUAUGUGUCAUUCAAGAAUACACCAGUAGAGGGCGCAAUAUCAUGACAGUUAAAAAGGGAGAUGUGUUAACAUUAAUAAAUAACGAUUUAAAAGACUGGCUUUGGGUCCGAUCCGCAACGGGAGGGGAAGGGUUCGUCCCCAGAGCCUGUACUUCAGAAAUUGUGAAACUGUGAUAGAUAUAAUUCGAGAAUUAUGUUUGUUCUGUGAUUGGGUGAUUCUGUAUAUGAAUAGUAUAGGAUUGGAUGAAUAACAUACUGCUGGUUUUAUAGCUAACGGACCUCAUUCAAAGAUUUGAAUAUGAAAAUAUGGGUAGAUAUGAUAGCUUUUUGUAAUCGAUAUACGCUUGGAAAAAUGUUAUGUUACGACGACAGAAGGCGCUUCUUUGUUGCUUAGGGUGAUGUUUUAAAGUGUACCAAUAAUAAACAUAU